AGUGCACACUCACUUACAGCAAGGGAGAAAACUGUGUAACACAUUAGAUACUUUACAAGCAAUUGUAAAAUCCUGGAAAUAUCCUCUAGCGGUCUGCAAAGUAUCUCAUCAUGUGCAGAGGACUUGAAUCGCUGCCCAGCACAUGUCUGGAGAGGGCAAAGGAGCUGAAAGCUUUGUUUGGAAGUUUUCUCCAGAAGUCAGAUCACAGCAUCACUUGCCAGUCAAAGAAGAACGAAAAACUCCGGUUAAACGUCGACGAGCCUUUAAAAUGGAAGGAGUCGUUGGAGAACUUGUUGUCCAGUCCAAAUGGACUUUGCCUGUUCAGAGCGUUCCUGCACUCAGAGUUCAGUGAGGAAAACAUUGCAUUCUACUUGGCUUGUGAGGAUUACCGGGAAACAAAAAAUUCUAAACUGGCCGCCAAAGCCAAGAAAAUUUACGACGAAUUCAUCGGCUCUGAUGCGCCACGAGAGGUUAAUCUUGACCAUGUGACCAAAGCUAUCACAAAGCAGAACAUGGAGCAUCCCAACCAGUCCUGUUUCAACCUGGCCAAGGCCAAAAUCUACACCCUGAUGGAGAAAGACUGCUACCCCCGCUUUCUAAAGUCCACCGCGUACCUAGAGCUCAGCAGAAAGACGGGCUAACAAACUGUCCCUAAAAGAAACUCUCCUGCAAGCAACAGGCAUUAAAAAAAAAGGAACAUAAGCGCACAGGAGAGUCUGGAAAAAAGUUACUGUGAGUCCGCCGGAGAUUCACGCCAGACUGUGGAGUUAUUUUGUGGAAAAGGAGGCUGCCUACGGAUCGGCGUCCAAGCUGGUUAGCUGAAGGACACGUGAAGCUGUGAUGGCGCGGCGGCGGGCGACGUCUGCCCCACCUGCACGGACGACAGCCGCCACGGCUUGAACUAGUGAAAAUGUGGACAGAAAUGAGUUCCUCUCACACAACAAAGCUACUACUCAAUGGCAUUCGUGUGUAUUUAUUUAUUUAUUAUUUAAAGUAUUUUUAACACGUGUUGAAGACUUUUUUUCAAAUGUCAAAAUAAGUGCAUUGAAUAAAACAUGACCAAUUUACAGAAACAAGAGAUUGCUGUUUUGUACCAUGGGAAAUUUCCUACACACACGCAGAAGGGCGAAAUGUUGUAGUGAGUCAGAAGAAUGUGGUCGAAGGGAAUAAGAGUUGCUCAUUCGUGCCGUUACAGCAGCAAACUCAUGUGUGGCCUCAGUGGUUCCACAUGGUCGUCCGAAUGACUCCUUUUCUCUGGCUGUGUGACAGUUUCUUGUGCUUUUAUCGAUAUAGGAAUCUUAUUGAGAGAAGUAAUGGGUAGUCCAGGUUGUGACAGUCAUGUUGGGCUGUGUUUAAUUAGGAGCUAUUGAAUUUGGAGAGAAGGACAGCGUCUUUGAUAAAUAGAUUACUUUAUUAACUCAGCAGAGGGAAACCAACGCAGAGCAACAAACAUGACACUCUAGUCAGGAAUAGUUCCCAAUGGACAACAUAUAAAAAGAAAUAUUAAAGAACAUAAAGAAUAAAUCUAUCUUUAUACAUACACACGUACUAAGAAAGUAGAGAUGCUCCCAUUA